CAAAAACAAUAGCUACUUCAAAAAAAGCUGAAGAAUUAUUAUCAAAUUAUGCUGAAAGUUCAAAUUUUGAAUUGUCAAGAAAAGAAAGAAAAUUUAUUUUAAAAGAAAAAGAAAUAGAAAUUUCUAUUAAAGAAAGAGAAACUGCACUUGAAAUCAAAAAACAAGAAUUAUUAAUAGUAAUUGAAAAACAAAAAUUAGAAAAUGAAAAAGUUAGAUUAGAAUUAUUUGCUAAAGAGAUUGAAUUAAAAGAAAAAGCAAAAAAAUUAGAUUCUUAA